UGCCGCCGCCGAGAUGUUUGCCUCCGUCCGAGGAUGCCAGCACCCGAUCCAUACCGACAAGUCUUCCAUGGCAACGAUGACCAUGGUGUUGACUCGGUUUGUCUAUAAAGACUCGACGUCUCAGGAGGUUGAGAGGUUCAGAGUCAGCAUCCAGUCAGACACACUUCAUCCCGACAGGUUUCGGGUUUCCUUCUUCAGUCAUUAAGUCAUUCGUUUCGUUUAUCACGGUCGUUUAUCAAGAAGUUGCUUGCAGUCGCACAGUCACACAGCAUGUACUCAUCCCUCUUCUUCAUGACUGGCCUUCUCAGCCUUGUCCUCCCUCAAGUCUCAGCAGCUUCUUCAGACAAGUCUAUCCGGGGUCUCCCAGAGAAUCACCAGAUUGGACGAAUUGGCUUCGUUGACCUGGACUCAAACCUCACCAAGAGGAAUGACUACCCUGACUUUUGCUAUGUCUCUACUAUGGGCAAAGGAGUCUGGUGGUACAUUCCCGUCUACGCCGGUGACGAGAACUACGCUUGCAUCAUGGGGCAUGCUGGUGUAGGUGCCGGCAGUCCUGCGGGUUCAAGAUGUCCCGGUGAGCAAUGGUGGCCCGAAGACUACGUCGAAGAUAUCAUCGAUGCCGGUCAGGAACAACUCACCAAAGACGGUGGUGGUAAACGAAGCAAGAAGGGGGUUUUUGAAGCCCGAUUUGAAGGUACCACGACUGCUGUCAGAGAUAGAGGCGGUAUGGGCGCAAUCUUGGACGCACUCUUCCGUUACCAACUCCCCAAUUGCGAUAUCUCUGGUUACACCUGUAAGACGAUGGAUCGUCACUACUUCUACAACUACAAAGGAGACGCCAUCGGAAUCGUGCACAAGAACACUGACUGCCGGGGCUUCCUGGGCUUUGGCGGUGACACCUACGAGUAUUGUCCUGGACGAGGUCACUGUGAGGAUUGAACGAGCGGAGUGUGAACACUUGUUGGCCUUGCAUUGCUUUUCACGAAUGAGUUUUACGAUGUUAAUGUUUGCUUUUGAAUUGUCACGAAGCUGUAUCAUGUAUGUUCGAAUUAGUGUGCUGUCAUGACUCAUGAUGUCCUGUCGUUACUGAAUAGCGAUCAAUUUUGGAGCG